AUGUCGGAGUUACAGCAUAAAGAUUUGGAGCUGCAAAGCUUUCCCUCUCUGAACAAAGACGUAGCAGACUUGGAAGAAAACGAAAAUAUAGACAACGAAGUCAAUGUAGAAGACGGAGACUCUUCAACACCUUCAGGUACUCCGAUUAAAUAUGGCCAGACAACAGUACAGAAGCCAUUCCUCACCAGAUUAAGAGAACUCCUCUUUCGCGAGCUCAUAGAAAAAUUCGUUCCAGCAUAUUUCGCAACCAUUUUGGGUCUUGGAAUAACUGCCGUGAUGUGCUCCCUUUUUCCAUAUCCAGCGAACUGGCUCCAGAUUAUUGGCAAAAUUGUGUUCGGUACGAAUGUACUCGUGUUUCUAGUCUUAACUUUCAGUUGUCUAAUUGGCUUCUAUUACUACCCAUCAAGAAUAGUCGAAUACCACGUUCAUCCGUUGCACUCAGUUUUUAUGUCCACCUACGUUAUGGGCUAUAUUGUUAUAGUCAACUUCAUUCGUUUGCUUGUUGGUUCCCAUCACAGUAUGCUUCUCUGGGUGUUAUGGUGGAUUGCUGUAUUCAUGUCUGUCUAUUGUAGUCUUGUCAUAUACUUUUUUGGGACGUUCUCCAAGUUGAAUAAACCUACAAAACUUGAACAUAUGCACUCGGUUUCUUUGUUACCGGUUGUUACUUUGGCAGUGGCGUCUUCCAGUGGACAUCUCAUAUCAAUGUCGUUGCCUUCAUUGAACCAUUUUGUCAUUACAGAGGUGUGCAGCUUUCUACUUUGGGGUAUUUGUGUAGGUAUGGGUGUUUCCUUUAUGCCCAUCUACCUUGCCAGAAUAAUGAUCCACAGAAUUCCGAAUACUGCGCUUAUUUUAACUAAUCUCUUGCCCAUAGGUCUUCUUGGACAAACAUCGUACAGUCUUUUCCUUUUUGGGGUUAACAUGUAUGAACGUAUCCCCGACAAAGUUCUUGGAACCUCGUUCUUAGUUAGUUGUGCUCUUUUCGCAACUGUUGUUUGUGCAUUUGGCUACUAUAUGACAUUUGUAGGGAUCUUAUCCGUUUUAUCGAAGAUCAGACCAUUUACCAAGAAACCAAAUCCCCAGUUCACUCAUCCAAAGUAUGGCCACAUUAUGUGGAACAAAGGGUUCUGGGCCGUUAAUUUCCCUCUCGGAACAAUGUCUUUGGCCAGUACCGAAAUUGGUAAAGGAGUUGUAGGAAAUUACCCGCUCAAAUUCUUCACGGUUGUCGCUUGCAUGUAUUCGGUGACAUUAUUCCUUUUCACCAUCUACAACGUCAUGGGGGUUCUCGCCUACUGGUACGACUUGGCUGUCGAACUUUUCAACCCCGAGACAGAAGAACUAAAGACAGCUUAG